GGCAGAAGGAGCAGACACUCCGGACGACAUGGACGUGAGCUCAGCCAUGGAGAAGAUGUCUAUGAAGCAGAGUACAGCAGGGGCAGACGUCUGCCAUGUAUGUGAGGCGAGCUGCUCUGGAUACCAGCCACAUUCCUGGAGAAAAGCCUGUAUCAGCUGUGGCUGUAGCGCGGUGGACCAUGCUCCGGGGAGUGACCUUGAAGAUGACCAGCGAAUGGGACGCCUGCUCUCAGACUCCCCGUGCUCCCACCUGACAGUGAAAGUCAAAGGAGGCGGUGGCCUUCGCAUAUACAAGAGGAACCGCAUGAUCGUGACCAAUCCAGUGGUGUCGCGUAAAGACCCGACCUUCAACACCACGACGUACGACUGGGCGCCGGCCGGCCUCCACCAAACACUGGCCAUGCAGUACAUGGAGCUCAUCCCGGAGAGUCUUCGUCCCGUCUCGGGGACAGACGGAGCGUUGGAGCGGCACAGGCAGCUCCUCGGUCAGCUCCCUGCCUACGAUCAGGACCCCAUGAAGUGUCAGAGCCUCGCCACCGAAGAGGAGAUUUCCGCCAUGCUGCUGUUUGUGCAGAGCUACAAGCAGGAGGUGCUGGGAGUCGGCGAGGUGGCUUUACCUGGCGAGGGUGGAGCUCUGAGGGAAGCGUCCAAUCAGAGGAUGGCAAAGGAGGCCAAGGACCGCAGCAACAGCGACAAGAAGGAUGCUCUGAAGCACCAGGACCACGGCUCAACCAACAACAACAUCUCAGAUGACUGCUCCACUAACGGAACAGAUGGCAGCAAGAAGACUGGAUAUCAGUGCACAGGUUGCCACGGUGACGUUACCAUGGAGAGUCCGGCUGUUUACGCUGACCGAGCUGGUUACCAUGAUGCCCUGUGGCACCCCACCUGCUUUGUGUGUGCAGAGUGUGGCCAGGGGUUGGCAGACCUGGUGUACUUCUGGUCCAAUCAGAAGCUGCUCUGCGGACGGCACUACUGUGAGACGGUGUGGCCGCGGUGCUCAGGCUGUGAUGAGUUGAUCUUCUCUCAGUCUUUUCACACGGGGACAGAUGGAAGAACUUGGCAUCAUCAGCAUUACUGCUGCUGGAAGUGCGGACAAAACCUGGAUACACCCUGUCAGCACUGAGACAGUGUUAACUCAAUAUGGUGAUUUAAAAGAUUUAGCAGUGCUCAAAAACAGAAUUAUAGGGUCAAAAAUACCGAAAAAAAACCAAACUGUAAAUCUGAUAUCGACUGUGGUGGUUUGCCUGUUAUAUACAAAUACAUGACAUGAGUAACAAAAUAAUACAGAAUUAGUAGCGCUUAAAGUCAUUACAUUUUAUUUUCAUUUGACAAGUAUUUAAAAUACUCCAGAUGAUAUAUCAAUGUUUAACAUAAGAUGUCUAGCUGUCGUUUAAGCACUCUCAGUCGAGCCUACUGCUUUAAGUACUUAAGGGAAUGUUUAGUUGACACAGAAGUGUUUAAAGUACUUACUGGUGGAUUUAUUAUAGCACUUCAAGAACUGACAGUGACUGGAGCCAGAUGGUUUUAGAUCAAAGCAGAAGCAGAUUUGUGUGUCAUUUUAGGAAUGAUCCAAUUAUUUGACUUAAAACUGAGGGAACUGGACAUGCAGAAGGCAGACAAAUUAACAGAACUGUGCUGGACUGUUUUGAAUUGUGUUUAUCAGUGUAGAUGUUGACCCUUUGCGUGUACAAAUAGGAAGUAUGGAUUUUACUUUUAAUUUGCUAUUUUCUUCUCUUUUUUUUGACAUGUUGUUUUAGUCAAGCUUAAGAUUCACUUAUUAUUUUGAGUAAGGUUUUGUAUCUCCAUCACUUUCUGUGAGGUUCACUAAGUAUUUUGUUUUCAAAGUUAGAAUUCAAAACUGAAAGUCAUACAGCAUCUAACCUAAUAUAAUAAAUACAUUUGCUUACGUUUUUAAAGCAAAAUGCCAACUUUUUAGAAACAAGGAAAAUAUUUUAUCUUGUAGUGUUACUAGAUAAAUAAGUUGCAUAUAGAAAAAAAUACUUGUACAAUGAAAAUAAAGAAUAGAUACAGAUUCUUAUGGGAACAGCAUUUUCAGGUGACAGGGUUGCAAGAUGAUACAGUGAAAUAUAACAAGCAAUUUCAUAUUUAAAGUUUUAAUUGUGUGUGUCAGUUUGAAAUGUUUAGCUUAGCACAAAAACUGGAAGUGUGAGCCUAGCUCGGUAAAUUAUGAAAUAAUACAAGUUUUAUAUGAACACGAGAUGAGCUGUUAAACUUUGUCGGGGUAAAAUGACGAUCAAGGAUUUCUAUAAGUCUGUGAACAAAAAAUCUGUUUUUCUGAAAAGAUAAAAUAAGGAAUUCCCAGAUAAAUUAUUAACGGUGCUGUUAAUAUAAAUUACAGCAUUACACAAUUACACUUAUAACUGAAUUUCACAGUAAAAAUAUGAAUGAAAUGUUACUGUAUUAAAGGGGCCCUAUUAUACUUUUUUGGUUUUCCUUUCCUGUACUGUGUUAUAGGUUUGUUGCAUGCAAAUCGUCUGCAAAGGCUAAAAUCCCAAAGUUGCCUCCAGAGGGAGUAACCAAUCAGAGCAGAGGUGCUUCAGCACAGGCAGUAUGAGAAAAUAAAUAACUCUUUGAACAUUGAAGCAUUGAAACAUGUCACAAUAGAGACACUAAAUAGGAACAUGAAAAUGAGCAGAAUAGGUCCUCUUUAAAUCAGAAGUGAUUCUGUUCAUGAAAUAAUUAAAUGUCUUCACCCGUAGGGAUUAAAGAUAAUCUCACACCAGGUUAUAGUUGCAUGGCGUGUUUUGUUUAAAGAGAAGAUAAAAUGAAGAUAUUUUUGCGUAUGAUGUUUUGACAGCUGAAUAAAAGCCAUUUCUGAUUGAA